UUUUUCAAUAAUACAGCAGGAGGCGAAUAUUGCUCAAUCACGAUGCUUCACGUAUCCCUGUUCACAAAGUUUAAUCCCAAUUAUACGGUUGCUUACACCAUACGCCGCGAGGAAGGUAAUACGUGAAUACCAAUUGCGACGAUGGGCUACUGUUGAGUUCGAAUCCGUUGAUUAUGUAUUUUUCAAAGAAAAUGGGAAAACAGUGCAGGUUGAUCUGAGUGCUUGCACCUGCACGUGCUUUACAUUUCAGACCUGUCGGUACCCCUGCCGACACUUGCUUUUGGUCCACUUAAGAAAGCCGUAUUUCACAG